CCUUCCCCAGACUUUGAAGCUUCCUGCCAAUGCCAUUACUUUUCUCUCCCUUGAUUCCCUGUGUUAUUAAUCUUGCUUCCCUGUUUCUCAUACGGGAACUUUCGUAAAGUUCGCCUGCCUGGGUGGAGUAAAACACUUGAAAGUUGAAAGCCAGUUUUGUGCGAUUUGCAAGAAAAAAUUUGUAAAAUGCCAAAAGGAGAGAGACAAGGAAAGAAAUAUCGAGUAAGGAGGAGUUAUCGUACCAAGAAAAAAGUUUUCAAGGGCAAAAAACUGAAGGAAAAGAGCGCUGAGGAGUCUGAGGAUAGUAGGCCUACACCAACGCCCAAUAUUCGUGUUUCUCAAGAAGUAAACAUUACCGAAAUUGAGACAAUUUCAGAUACCGAAAAUACCGAGAUCUCAGCAUCCUUGAGGAAGAUAACAGCUGCAACUAAAGCUACUCCAAAAAUACAGGAUCAAGUUUGUAAUAACGACGAUGCCAAUGGUUAUAGACUUGUUUAUAUAAAGAAUUUAACGAAUGCAAUGAAGGAAUUUCACAAAAUUGUUUGCAAACAGGCGGAUAUAGAACUAUCAGAAGAUGUUUCCAAACGUGCAGGCCUAUGUUCCCAUCUCAUAUUUCACUGCUUGAGCUGCGACACCAAAGUUAGCAUGUCAACAGGGAAGGAAUCAAAAGGGAAGAAGGCAUCAUUUGAUAUAAAUCGCAGAGCUGUGUUUGCUGCUGGGGAGAUUGGAAUUGGACGAGAAGCCCUAUCUACAAUGUGUGCAGUAAUAAACAUGCCACCGCCACCAAGUCUUCGAGCAUAUCAACAACACAAAACAGCCAUUUGUGAUGCUACAAAUUUUGUAGUAGGCAAAUCACUUAGUGAUGCAGCUAAACGUGCUAGAGACAGCCUAGGAGCAAAUGACACUGAUACAAUAAACAUUGCAGUGUCAUUUGAUGGUACUUGGAGCAAGAGAGGCUUUACUGCAAAUUAUGGCAUAGGUGUUGUAAUUGCAGUAGAAACUGGAGAAGUGUUGGACUAUGCAGUUAUGUCCAAGUCAUGCGAAAAAUGUAAGGCUGCUGAGAAAUUGAAAGGUGACUUGGAAAAAUACAAGCAAUGGAAAGCAAACCAUGCAAGCCAAGGAGAAUGCCAAAAGAACUUUGAAGGUUCAAGUACUGCUAUGGAGAAGGAAGCUGCAAAGAUAAUUUGGGGACGGUCCUUAUCAAAACAUAACUUUCGUUAUACAGAGAUGGUGUGUGAUGGAGAUAGCAAAGCCUGUACGGAAGUUUGGGAUACUUAUGGGGUAUGUGAGGACUGUGAUAAGAAUGCAUCAAUGGACAAAAAAUCGCUUCAUUAUCAGAAAUGGCUGAAGUCUGCAGCAUACACCAGAUGGGAAAAUGAACAUGAGAAUGGGAUUGCGGAAUGUUAUGGUGUCAAAAAACUUGAUUGUAUUGGUCACAUCCAAAAAAGGAUGGGAAAAAAUCUAAUUAGCAUGCAGAAGACAGGUGGAAAGCUUUCAGAUGGAAAGGCUGUUGGAGGGAGGCAAGGCAGGCUUACAAGACCUGUAAUAGACAGGCUUCAAAAAUAUUAUGGAAAUGCUAUUAGAAGCUCUGUUGACAGGGACGCAAAAUCAAAAGAAGAAAUACAACAAGCAGUAGAGAAGAUGCAGAAAAAUAUAAAGGCUGUCCUUUAUCACAGUAUUAAGAUGAAAGAACAAGAAAAGAGACAUUAUUUUUGUCCUUCAAACUCCUGGUGUGCUUAUAAGAACAAUAGAGGUUACACAGAUGAAACAUUUGUAGAUAAGCCAUAUCAUCUUGAUGAAGUUUUCUUGGAGUUUUUGCUACCUCUCUUUGACCGUUUGAGCAGCACCAGUUUGCUAAAAAGGUGCUUGCCAGGGUUCUCCCAAAAUGUGAAUGAGUCCUUCAAUUCUUUGAUUUGGAUACGAUGUCCAAAGCACCAAAACAAAGGAAUGAAGGUUGUUGAGGUAGCAACAGGCUCAGCUGUUUUGCAAUUCAAUGUUGGUGCAACUGGAAAACAUGCUCUUAUGGAUAAUUUAGGUAUCCCAAGUGGCACCCAUACAGAACAUGGUAGCAACAAGAAAGACCAGAGGAGGAUUGCACAGUCAUCAGCAAGACUGAGACAAAAGUUUAAAAGAGCCAGACAAGUUAUUCGUCAAGCAAAGCUUCGAGAAGAAGAACAGCUGAAGAGGCUGGAAGGGGUGACAUAUGAGGCAGGGGCAUUUAAUGAAGAGGAUCAAGGACCAUCUGCUGCAAAACAGAGGAGGACAUGUAAAAACCCAAAGGAAGCAAAAAUUGAAUUAAAAUAAAAUUUGCCAGUUGAAUAACAUUCGAAGAAACAUUGAUAAACUUUAAUCGCAAUUUACUCAAAACGCCUGUUUUUGAUACCAGGUGAUUGCCCCAUAUGAUUAUUUUCAUAAGCUUAAAGAAUAAGCUGAGAGAAUAAGCUUAAAGAAUGACCUUGAUAAAUGAGCUUAAAAUAUAAGCUGAGAGAAUAAGCUGAGCGAAAAUAUAGAUAAUUAAGGGUUUUCAUGGACAUUUAUUAUUUUUAUCAGUGCAUAUAUAGAGAUGU